CGUAUACCCAAGUGGUUGAUAAUAUAUUCGUUAAAAGGGGAGCAAUAUGUGAACGUUACGUUCUAUAGACUCAAUCAUUAAAUACUAUUUUCAUGUCAUUAUUUUACAAAACUUUCUAUAAGCUAUAAUAGAGAGCAAUUAUAAUGCACAAUAAAGUAGAACCGUGUUGCUCACUUGAAAAUAGAACACGGAAGACUAGUCACGAUGUCGAUCAGAGUUUUAUCAGCUCUACACGUCAGAUGUUACAUUUCAUUCAACUGUCAAAUUGAUGCACAAUACAUUAUGUAAUUUAUGUUCUCUGAUUACUUAUGGUUUUAUUUGUCUUAACUUUGAAGCAAGGAAAUUAUUUCACGCUCAUUUUAUAUUGGAUUAUGCGCGACUGUCCGACGAGAAUGAAUUGAUGGUUUUCAAACAGUACACGAAGCAAAGUAAAAUUUAUACGUAUUUUUUCGUGGGUAAGUACAUAUAAAAUUCAUGUACAUAGUAAAGAAGCACAAUAUUCCAAUUAUAUAUUUUCUUUGAUUGUUUUAGCUAUCCUUAACUUCUAUUUUAUUGCAAUUGUAUCUCCAUGUAUCUUGAAUCUUUCUUUAUAUCUUUUUGGGACGUUAGACAAGAUUCAUUUAAAAUUACCCUUUCCUAUUAACGGUGUUUCAAGUCCAGGACCACUGUAUUACAGUUUAUUUAUUUAUCAAACUAUAGCAAUUUAUAUAUUUAUAACUAUAGCCGUUAUAUGUUAUACAUCAUUUCUGAUAUCCAUACAACAUGCAUGUUGUCAAUUAUACGUUUUAAAGUACGUAUUUAAUGUGGAAAUGGCACUUGUUUCAAUUACAAUUAUCAUCAAAGUUAUAAAUAUCAUUCUUCGUCAGACAGAAAAUACGUCAACCAUUUCUAAAUAAAAAGAAUUAUAACCAAAUUGCUUUGUUAAAUAAAAAACAAGAAGAAGAAUUCUAUUGGAUAGUGGACAUAAUAAUGCGUCACAGAAGGAUAACAGAGUUUGUCGAUCAUCUGAACAGUAUUUCGAAUAUGAUUUAUUUAAUUUGUGCUUUCCUUGGGAUGAUUCUUAUUAUAUUGGAUUUUCUUAGUAUAUUUCAAUUAGCAACACUGAUGCAAAAUACAAAUGAACUAAUGGAAUGUAGUAUCUACAUUUUUGCUUCUUUAUUUGGGGUAUAUAUUAAUUUUUAUAUUGGACAGGUGCUUAUAAAUCAUGGUGAUGCAGCUUUCGAAGAAUUUUGUCAAAUUCCGUUUUAUGAGCUCUCCACCAAAAUUCAGAUGUUAUUGUUGUUUAUUAUAACAAGAAGCAAGAAGCAAUGCGCACUUUCAAUAGGAGGUAUCUUUGUAUCAUCUAACGAAGUUUUUUCAGGAGUAAGAAUACAUAAUUUAUUCAUGUUUAAUAUAUUGUGCUAACUACGACAUUUUUAUUUUAGUUAUUACGAAAAGCUUUAUCAUUUGCUAUGGUGUAUUAUAGCAUUCAUUAACUGCAACUAAUUUGAAAAGAAUG